UCUCCAUUCUUCAUUCAAUCUCUCUAUAAAGAGAUGCUUCAUUUGUGGUGGUUUCAUCACCAAUUAUCGCAUCUCCUCCUUAAAAAAGAUGGGUUCUUUCAGUUUCUUGCUUCUGCUUCUGAGUGUUUUGUUUGGAGGGUCUUAUGCCCAACUCAGCGAGAACUUCUACGACCAAACUUGCCCUCGUCUCCCUAACAUUGUCCGCCGUGAAGUCAAGAGAGCUAUCGAAACCGACAUCCGUGCUGGUGCCAAACUCAUUCGCUUCCAUUUCCACGACUGCUUCGUCCAAGGCUGCGAUGGCUCUGUUUUGCUGGAAGAUCCCCCCGGCAUGGAGAGUGAACUCAUCGGACUUGGAAAUUUAGGAAUCCAAGGACUCGAGAUUGUCGACGCCAUCAAAGCCGCCGUCGAGAGAGAAUGUCCCGGCGUCGUCUCGUGCGCCGACAUCCUAGCUCAAGCCUCUAAAGACUCUGUCGACGUGCAAGGAGGGCCUAGUUGGAGAGUUUUAUACGGAAGAAGAGAUAGCAGAACAGCCAAUAAAACAGGGGCUGAUGAACUCCCAAGUCCCUUCGAAAAUCUUGAUCCACUCAAAAAAAAGUUCGAAGCCGUUGGGUUAGAUUCCACUGAUCUUGUUGCUCUAUCAGGGGCACAUACGUUCGGUCGUUCGAGAUGUUUAUUCUUCAGUGGCCGUUUUUCCAACUUCAGUGGGAGUGGGCAGCCAGAUCCGACACUGGAUCCAACUUACAGGCAAGAACUGGAAAGAGCUUGUACAAGUGCAGAAACACGAGUAAACUUCGAUCCAACAACACCGGACACAUUUGACAAAAAUUACUACACCAAUCUUCAAGCCAAUCGAGGGCUGCUACAGAGCGAUCAAGUUCUGUUCUCCACUCCAGGGGCCGAUACAAUUGACAUUGUUAAUCGUCUUGGGUCGCGAGAAGGAACCUUCUUUAGACAAUUUCGGCUUUCCAUGAUUAAGAUGGGAAAUAUUAGACCUUUAACUGGAACCCAAGGGGAAAUCAGAAGAAACUGCAAGAGGGUCAAUGACCUGGGAGGUGAAACAGGGCAUGAUGUUAUGUAAUUUUAUGCUUUCUUAUCUUUCUCUCUCGCCUCUUGCCGUAAUAAAUGACUUCCACUCCAAACCAAUGUCCGUCUUUAACCAUUUCGUUAUUAGUUUGUUUAUUUUGAAAAUUAAGCGUUGUUUUUAUAAUAAUUUGUACCUUUCUUAAUCACAA